CUGUGUUCGAAGAAAUACAUUCACAAGAGUUCUUUAGUUAUGCUUACGUCUGUGUUGUGUAUCGCUUCAUUGAUAACCCUUCUCGAUGCUCAUAUUUCAAUAAAGAAAGAAAGAUUUGAACCAUUGUCAGAUGACAUCAUCUCGUAUAUUAAUCAACAUCCAAAUGCUGAAUGGAAAGCUGAGAAAAGCAAUCGUUUCCACUCACUGGAUGACGCACGCAUUCUGAUGGGUGCAAGAAGAGAGGAACCAGAAUUAAGGAAGAAGAGACGUCCCACAGUUGACCAUAAUGAUUGGAAUGUAGAAAUUCCAUCAAGUUUUGAUUCAAGGAAGAAAUGGCCUCGUUGUAAAAGUAUAGCGACCAUUCGUGAUCAAUCACGAUGUGGAUCAUGUUGGGCUUUCGGUGCUGUCGAAGCCAUGAGUGAUCGAACCUGCAUACAGUCACGUGGCAGACAAUCUGUGGAACUAAGUGCUGUGGAUCUAGUGAGCUGUUGCGAAGGUUGUGGAUUUGGUUGUGAUGGUGGAUUCCUUGGUCCUGCUUGGGAUUAUUGGGUGAAGGAAGGUUGUCAACCAUAUCCAUUCCCGAAAUGUGAGCAUCAUGCCAAAGGGAAAUAUCCUGCAUGUGGCAAAAAAAUCUACAAGACUCCUCGUUGUAAACAGACAUGUCAGAAAAGUUACAAGAUCCCAUACGCCCAAGACAAGCAUCGAGGUAAAUUAUCCUAUAAUGUUGCUGAUAAUGAAUUGUCUAUUCAAAAGGAAAUCAUGAAGUAUGGACCAGUAGAAGCAGCCUUCACAGUUUACGAAGAUUUUCUAAAUUACAAAUCUGGGAUCUAUGAACAUAUUACUGGGGAACCAGUUGGUGGACAUGCCAUACGUAUAAUUGGAUGGGGUGUGGAAAAAAACACUCCUUAUUGGUUGAUAGCGAAUUCGUGGAAUGAAGAUUGGGGUGAAAAUGGAUAUUUCAGAAUACUACGUGGUCAUGAUGAAUGUGGCAUCGAAUCCGAGGUAACAGCUGGUCGGAUUAACUAG